GUGGGAUAUGACGGACACUCCGGAGAGAGAGAUCCUGGAGCGGGAGCUCCGGCCACGGCUCUGUUAUCUCACUAAAGGAGACCGCGGCUACGGAUUUCAUCUGCACGGGGAACGCAACCGAGGAGCGCAGCUCAUCCGCAGGAUCGAGCCGGGCUCCCCAGCGGACCUGUCCGGUCUCAGGUCCGGCGACCGGGUGGUGGAGGUGAACGGAGAGAACGUGGAGGGAGAGACGCAUCAGCAGGUUGUUCAGAGGAUCCUGGAGGUGGAGCACCGCACCAGGCUCCUGGUGGUGGACCGGGUCACAGAUGAGUUCCUGAAGUUUCACGGUCUGCCUUGUACAGAGGACAGGGCGAUUGAGAUGGGCUCUCUGUCCUCUCGCUCCUCCACCACUCCUCCAUACAGCAGACAGAGCUCAGAGAGCAUUCUCAUUAAUAAGAGUCCCAGCAGUGGCUCUCUGCUCGACAGAGCUCAUGUCCAUCUGCCGUCACCCGCUGAACACAAGACCGGACCAGAGCCUGUACCCUUCACCAAACUCACCGUAGAGCCUGAACCCGAGUGUGAGCUCAGCACUGACCUCAGCGGAUCACAGACCAGCACUCAGGAGGAGCCGGUGUUGGAGGAGGAUGAGGUAACGAUGGACCUGCGUCCGCGCUUGUGUCACAUGACCCUCGGCGAGCAGGGCUACGGUUUUAACCUGCACUGUAAGAAGUCUGGCUCGGGUCAGUUCAUCCGCUCGGUGGACCCUGACUCUCCGGCGGAGCGCGCGGGACUGAGGCCCAGAGACCGGCUCAUCGAGGUGAACGGCAGGAGCAUCGAGGACCUGUGUCACGCCGAGGUGGUGGCGUUGAUCAGAGCGGGCGGCACAGACACACGUCUGCUGGUGGUGGAUCCAGACACAGACGAGCUCUUCAGCCGACUGCGCAUCAAGCCCACAUCUAUUCAUCUUAAAGAGGACUGUGUAGACGGGCCGAUCAUAGAGAGUCCUGUGUCUUCUUCACCAGUCCCAGACACCCCCAAGAUCUCUCCACCAAUCAGCAACAUCACACGGACUGACCCACCAAUCAGCAACGGCUCGCCAAGACACGAGAGUCACAGAAGCUCCUCCUCUCGAUCCACGUUUUUAGAGACGAGCGCUGAAAUCAGCAGCUUUGACACCAGCAACAAGCUCACAGAUUCUGACCAUCACUCCAUCGAUGACGGCCCUAAACCAAACCCAGGUGUGAACUCUGAGGAGAAGCGUCUAGAUCCGUUCUGGGAGAGCGGACUUCAUCUGAGUCUGACCGCGGCCGAGGCCAAGCAGAGAGCCCGCGCCAAACGGCCCAACAAGAGAGCGCCCCCUAUGGACUGGAGGAAGAAACAGCAAAUCUUCAGCAACUUCUGAGCAGCAAAAACAUCAGAAAGCUCACCUCAGACCUGGAGAGACACUACCAACACACACAGACUCCUCCAAAGACAUGCUUAGGCCAGAUUAGAUCCACCUCCAAUGCAAUCAUUUUAUAGGUUCAGCUAAUCUUAAUUUGGCAUUUUGUUGUUAGUAAGUGUUUCACAUUCAGCCAGUUGGUUGUUUUACCCAAUAAUGCACAACUUCACUGCCAUCGCAUUUCUACUCUUCCUGAAAUGCAACAGCAGUUCCCACAAACCAGACAAUUAGAAAGGAAUGGAAAGAAAGUAAGAAAACGUCAUUGCAAUGCAGGAACAGUAAGAAGGAAAGACAUUCUGAAGGAAAGGUGAGAAGAAAGUGAACAAAAGAUGCCAAGUGUAAAUCAAGCUAAGAAGCCAAAGGUUGUAGGUUCAAACGCGUGAAGAAAGAAGUUACAGAUCUUGUACCAUUAGAGAAAAUGCACAGUAAGUUGUGUUGGUUGACAAUGAAUGAUCAGAAGAAAAGGAAGAGAUCCCAGAUGGCCUGUCCAUCUUUAUGCUAGUGUAUUUUGGAUUUUCGUCCAAUCAGACGCUCUCUUGAAUUAGCAUUUUUUUAAAAGGACAAACUCCUCAAUAUGUCCCAAGCUAAAAGAAUAUUUAUGUAUUUAUUUUCUUGCCAUGUUCUCAUAAAUGCUGGUUUGACAUUUCUAAAUUAUAUUUAAUAUUGAGUAUUUAUAGACCUUAUAGUUCAGGAUGUCAUUAUCAUCUUAUUCUAGAUCAAUGUUAACAAGUCUGUUCGAGCAGUGAACCUCAACUGUUUCUGACCGCAGUCUCAAAAAUCAAAAGUGAAACGAUGUCUUUAAGAAUACACUUACACAUGUACAGAACUCCUAGCUAUUAAUAAUUAAUAACAUAAUUGUGUAUAUUACAUCAUAUAUAUUUACGUCUGAGGCAUGUUGUUUUAAGUGAAUUAAUGUAUACGAGUCAUUCUACAGAAAUGUCCACUUUUGGUAUGGCAAGAUGUCUUAAAAUGUAUUUUUCUAACAUUUAAACUUAGACCACAUUAUAUAUUACCUUUUGACUUUAUGAAUACACAUGAAUGACAGCUUAAUGAUUUUUUCAUCUCCCCUUCUUUUUGUCACUGGUGUUCUUUGGCAAGAUUAUGAAAUUUGUGAAACAUGAAAUAUUAUUUCUCGAUUUUUCAGCACAUGUAGUCUGAGUUACAGAAAAACAAUAAUAAUAAUAAUAUAAUGAUAAUAAUCCGACAAAUAAGAAGACUGUUUUAUUUAUUU